AUGCGGAUGCCGGGUGAUAGCCAAUCGGUGAGUUUUGCUUGCAUAUCGAUCCGGGACGUGGAUGUAUGUCUCCCAUGUAUGUAUCCUCUUCCUUUGGGGGUUAUUGACGGGGUUUUGGUGGUGUUUGUGAUUUUGGGUUGUACGUGGUUAUGGAGUACAUUCCAGACGUCAGUCGGGGCUUGUACGGUGGUUGCGGUACGUUGGGUUUGCAAUGAUGGGGUCCGGCUGGUAAGUCUACCUCUUUUAGCAGAUUCUCUAAUGUUAGUAUGUGUUCCAUGUCAUGCUUUGGUGAUUAUGGAGGAAUAG